UGACGCGCAUGCGCGCUGUGGAGCGGAGCAGGUAGUGAAACCGGCUUUGAAGUACAGCUCCGUCCCACUGGGCUGUUUAACUCACAUCAUUAGCUUCAGGGACUCUUGGCUGGAUUCGGAGAAGGUGAUCGCAGGAUCAGGAAUGCUGGCUUUUCCGUCAGUGUGAGCUCGGGCAUCAGGAGCAGGUGUUUCUCAGUGAGAGCAGCUCUCAGUGUGCGUGAGAAUGCGGAACCCCAUCAGGAGGUAUCCGUGGCUGACUAACGUGACUCUGUACUCGGGGCUGUACGCCGGCGGGGACUUGAUGCAGCAGUAUUUAUCUAACAAGAAAGAUAGAAAGAUCGACUGGAGGCGCACGAGAAACGUCGCGAUCGUCGCUUUCUGCUUUAACGGCAACUUCAACUUUUUCUGGAUGCGCUUCUUGGAGCGCAGACUUCCCGGAAGCUCCGUGAGCACAGUGCUGCGGAAACUCGCCAUGGACCAGACCAUGUCUUUACCUCUGGCCAUAAGCGCCUUCUACACAGGUUUGAGUCUUUUAGAGGGUAAAGAUGACAUACUGGAGGACUGGAGAAACAAGUUCCUAAACACAUACACAACAGGACUCAUGUUCUGGCCGUUUGCGCAGUGCCUGAACUUUGCCCUGGUGCCCUUGUACCUGCGAACAACCUUCACUGGCUGCUGUGCUUUUGUCUGGGCUACCUUCCUCUGCUUCUCUCGCCAGCGUGGAGAUGGGACCCUGAAGGCAGCUAUGAACUGGAUACGCCAACUGAACAGUGAGGUGAAGGUUCAGGAAUCCAGUCAGAGCAAGUGAUUCUGUGAACGCACAGCAAGAAAGGUUCUUCAUCCUGAUUCCAUAUAUGGUCAUAGACGCACACUCAUGUUGUAAUUUGAUUUAUGUUAGUCACCAGCAAGGCAGGUAUUAUUACAGCGUUAACAACAGCUCAGGAAUGUUAGGGUGCUUUCAUACUGAUUAUACAGUCCAUACUUAUACAUACUUAUACAUACUGUCCAUUUGUUUUGUUUGAAUCUGAACCAUACUUUUUUUUUUGUUUGGUUUUGUUUUACAGUGCACGUAAUUAAACAAAUGAAAAAAAGGGGAAGAAAUUGCAUUUCUUGCAUUUCUGUAGUUCUACAGCUCUGUCCUUUGGCUCAGUUUAGCAGCUCACAUUUGUGAAGAAAUGCUGCUUGAAACCCAAAAUACAUGUCAAACACCAGCGUUUGACUCCAAAAGACUAAAUGCUGCUUAUGUGAAAGCACCCUUAGGAACUGGAAAAGAGCUAAAAUGUGGACUGACUGGGGGACUUGAGAACUUCACACUAAGGAGCAAAUAAUGCAAAAAGGUCACAUGGCUUUUUAAAACAGACAGUGUGACACGGCUCGACAAAUUACCCAUAAUACUCCAUGCUGUCCCUAUUUUCGCUACCAAGUUUCAGGCACCAUGCAAGCUGAGCCAAGGUACAGUAUGAGUGGAACUAAUAAUAGACAUUUUAGUUUCAGCCCCAGAACUGAAACACAACUGCCUCCUUUUUUUUUUUUUUUUUUUUUAACAUCUCAUAAGCUCAAGUAUUGUCACACUUGGCUAUGUUUGGGAGUGUGGGCAUCCAUUAAGUGAAAGUUUGCUCUCUUUAUUUUCACUAAAUAUUAACAGUGAAAGUAUUGUCUUAUUCAAAUGCUGUCAUCAACAAAUUGCUAUGUCUCUUGCUUACAUUUUACACCAUGAAAGAGAAAUGCAGCAGCUUCACAUGCAUUUUAACAUAGAAUGAAGUAUGCCUGGUUUCAUUUCAAAAUGUUUUUUUAGUCCAAAGAAUCCAUCUGUUAACACUGCAAAGGAGUGUUUUAAAAAAAUCGUAAAAAUGUACAAAAAAAUAAAAAAUAAAAAUAAAAAUGUUAUAUUUUCCUAUUUUUAAGAUUAAAUGCUUCUAGACAGUUUGAAAUUAAAUUUAUUUUAAAAAAGAAAAAAAAUUAAAAGAGAUCAUUAUAUCCAUGAUAUCACAGAAAUGUGUAUUGUGACGUAAUUAAUCACAAUAUCGAUAUUAUAGUUUCAUAUUGCCCAGUCCUACUUUAGUGCACCAACUCCAGAAGUAAAAUCUGUUGCACAAAGGUAAUGUAUUCAUGGACUUGUUAUCUUUCAUUGAAUUUCAUAUUUUUUUAUGAAAAAAAUUGUAUAAUGCAGUUACAUUAGUUUUUGGUUAGUUAAUUACAUGAGACAUGUCACUGGAGAGUAAUGUUUUUCCUGCCCUUAGCAAAAAAAGAAAAAAAUCAUUAAUUUAAUUCGUUCAAGAAUAAUUAAUCAGGAAAAUGUUUAACUUUAAUAGAUUUUAAAUAUAAACUUGGAGCUUAAUUUUUAAAAGUAGGCUUCAUGGGGAGUGCUUUUUCUGUACGUAACCAAAAAGAGACUUUUUAUUGUUAUCCAAAUAUAUAUAUAUUAUUGUUAGUGGAUAUACUAUUUUUUAUGAUCAAAAAACUUACUUAAAAAUGUCCACUUUACAAAAAAGAAUCUGAUAUAAUAUAUAUGUAUAACUGGGUGAUAAGGUAUACUGCAUGGUGAGAUAUAUAUAUAUAUAACUAUAUAACUAUAUAACUAUAUAUAUAUAUAUAUAUAUAUAUAUAUAUAUAUAUAUAUAUAACUAUAUAACUAUAUAACUAUAUAUAUAUAUAUAUAUAUAUAUAGUUAUAUGGUGCAGUUUGGUUGGCAAGGAAACACAUUUUCUGAGCUGGGUUUAAGAGUUUGCUCUGUUACUAACAGCAUCCUCCAUAGCAACAUCACUGGAUCAUUAUUCUUUUUAUAACAAGCGCUUAAUCUGAACUUAUUGUUUUAACAGAUAAAAAAGAUUUUGCAUUAAAUAUUGUAUUAUAUACACGAUAUGGCCAAAAGUUUGUGGACAUCUGACCAUCACACCUAUAUGUGCUUGCUGAACAUCCCAUUCCAGAUUUAUUCCCCCUUUGCUGUUAUAAUAAGCUCCACUCUUCUGGGAAGGCUUUCCACUAGAUUUUGGAGCGUGACUGUGGGGAUUUGUGUUCAUACAGCUACAAGAACAUUAGUGAGAUCAGGAACUCAUGUUGGGUGAGGAGGUCUGGGGUGCAGUCGGUGUUCCAGUUCAUCUCAAAGGUGUUCAGUGGGGUUGAUGUCAGGGAUCUGUGCAGAACUCCAACCUUAACACACCAUGUCUUCAUGGAGCUCACUUUGUGCACAGGAGCAUUGUCAUGCUGGAACAGGUUUCAGCCUCUUAGUUCCAGUGAGGAGAAAUUGUAACGCUACACCAUACAAAAACAUUUUAGACAACUCUGUGCUUCUAAAUUUGGAGGAGAUGCACAUAUGGGUGUGAUGGUCAGAUGUCCAUAAACUUUUGGCCAUAUAGUGUAUAAUACUGUAUAUCUGUAAGAAACAGCUAUUGAUAUUCUUGAUAUUGAUACUCACACCAUCACAAUGUUCUUAUGUGAUCUUGGGUAUAUGCUUAUUAAAAGAAAAAAUUAAGAUGUCUUCCAAAUAGUUUACGGUCACAUCAGUGAGCCAUGUCGAGCAGUGUGUGUUUUCAGGCUAGCUUGUUAUUGCAGGUCACUGAAUGAACUUAACUGGAACUGAGAUGUAUCUUGUGAAGAGUUAAAAUGUUAUUAUGGUACAAUAGUUCUAAAAUGGUAGAGUAGUCAUUUGCGUGUAGGAUUUUCUCAUGGAAACACCAGCCUUUACAAUGUAUCAAAAUGUUUUCUAAUGUCAGUGUCUGUUAAAAUUUUAUUAUUUUAACAAAGAAUUGUUUUACCUCUGAGGCAGGAGAAUUAUGUUACUACUGAUUGUAUGUAAAAUGUAAGAGGCCUGUAUUAACUGCCAAAUAUGAAAAAGAUAAUGUCUCUGUUAUAAUAUUACAAAUAUGCUGUAUUUUAGAGCAAAACUUUUUUUAAACAAAUGUUUCAUUCUGGAUCAUGUGCUGGUGACUACUUCUGCAAAACAGGUACUGAGGAUUUGCAUUGAGUCUACCUCAUAAUAAAGUGACGAGACAGUCA